AAUGUUUUACCAAAUGGAUUUAAUAUAGAUUUUAAACAGAUUUCAGCAAUUCAAAUUCAAUGUGAAACACUUCUUUCGCACAACCACCUUUCUUAGAGCGCACUCAGGAUUUUCCGGUAGUGCUUGUGUUUUGUUCUUAAGAAGAAAAAAUAUAUUAAACAUUUAAUAUGAUAUAAAAGCUUUACCUGUGCAGAUAAAUAGGAAAGAAUACAAUUGUGAUUUGCUUUUGACAUAACUAAUUCGAAUGAAAAAUUAUAUGAUGUUUUUUAGAAGUAAAUCUUGCAACAAACUUUUGUUUCCCAUAAAUUGGGUGAUGUAAGUUUAUGGGUUUAAUUUAAAGUUUUUUUUUAGAGCAUGUUAGCUUAUUUUCAAAAAUGUUUUUUACUAUUAACCCAUAACAGACUGGCGUUGCCAUAUGACAAUGCUUAUCUACCUGACAUCUAUACUGUUUUUUGAAAAGAACAUAAUCAAUUUUUACAGUUUUCUGCUAUGGUGCAGUUCACGAAUUGUUUACGUUACUUCUAAAUAUGCGUAGAUGAUUCUGGCAUGCUUCUUUCCCUUAGUGUGAUUGAAUAUUCUAGCGUGUUAUAUUUGCUGACUGCAAAAUGGAUAUAAACUUCAUAGAUGGGUUAACUCUGGAAGAAGCAUUGCAAAUGGCUUAUUCAGAUGACCUCGAUGUUCGAAACAUCUUUAUAGAACCGCCAGAUGUGAAUGAAUUGACUGAUGAAGAUUCUGGCGAGGAGGAUGAAGGAGGGCUUGUUGACAAUUUGUCAAGAAAUCAACUGAAGGCAUCCGCUCAGUUAGAAGUUUUUCAAAACGAUUCCCUCGAAGAUGACGAACCAGUUUCUCUCGACGAACAUAAUGAGGGGAAGCGCGAAAAUUUUGUAGAAGGAAACAAUCGAGAAGAAACUGUUUUCGCGCAAGCAGAAAAAAUUGAUUAUGACAAAAUUGAAUGGAUCGAAAGUGAUCUUAUAAUGACGGCGAAAGAAUUUCCUAAGGGAAAUUAUGAGAAUUUCAAAACUUUCACGCCUGUCGAAAUGAUCGAACUGUUCUUUGAUGACGACAUGAUUGAUUUUUUCUUGGAAGAGACGACAAGAUAUGCCCUUUUCAAAAAUCAUCCCAAUCCCCAAAUAACUCGAGAGGAAAUGCGGUGUUUUCUCGCAAUCCUAAUAUUGUUUGGAUAUAACUGGAUGCCAGGCAAAAAAUUAUUUUGGGAUACUGCUGGAGAUUUAGGCAACCAAUUGGUUAUAGAGGCAAUGAGAAGAGAUCGGUUUUUGACAAUUUGGAAAUAUUUCCAUUUAGCAAAUAAUAAUGAUAUCGAUCAAUCCGAUAAGUACUACAAAUUGCGACCACUCAUAGAAAAAUUGCAAGCCAAAUUUAUGAAAUAUUACGUUCCCGAGAGAGAUUUGAAUUACGAUGAAUCCAUGGUAAAAUAUUUUGGUGGGCAUUCAUGUAAACAAUUUAUAAAGGGAAAACCAAUACGUUUUGGGUACAAGGUUUGGUGUAUCAAUGAUACAAGCGGAUAUCUUGCGAAUUUCAUGAUAUAUCAAGGAAAGGAUCCAAAAUAUAAUGACAAUUAUAAUGCGGUGUUUGGAACUUCUUCUGCACCAUUUGUCACCUUAUUGAACGAGAUGCCUGAGGAGAAACGAAAUCUACGAUAUUUUCUAUUUUGUGAUAACCUCUUCACUAGUUUCCAUCUAUUUACUCACCUCAAACAAAUGGGAUAUGAUGCAACAGGCACAAUUAGAGAAAACCUUAUCCCAAAAAGCUGUCCUCUAAUUUCGAAAAAAGCUAUGAUAAAGAAGAACAGGGGAGAAGUCGGUUAUGUAUUGGAUAAGCAAAAUGGAAUUAUAUUGGUGAGGUGGGUUGAUAACAAUGUGGUAACUGUUGCACUACUUCUGAUGGAGUAUCUCCAAUGGGCAGCGUCAAACGAUAUUCCAAGGUAGAAAAGAAAAACAUCAACAUCCGAAGACCUUGUGUGAUUGAAAAAUACAAUUCAUCAAUGGGUGGCACAGACUUGAUGGAUGAGAAUAUUUCCCGUUAUAGAAUUGGAUUACGAUCAAAAAAAUGGUGGUGGUGUCUCUUCACCUGGUUAAUAGAUGCUACUUUACAAAACGCUUGGAUUUUACAUAAGAAAGCAGGAAAUAAUUUGACUUAUCUGCAAUUCAGGAGAGAGAUUGUCAAAGCAUACCUCAUAAAAUAUCGCAAUCCUCGGAAACCUGGUGGCAGGCCAUCAAGCAGUGCAUCAAGUAGAUCUUUUAGCCGUAUUUCUGAUGACAUAAGAUUUGAUAAUGUGGGACAUUAUCUGACUUCUGUACCAAAUAAUAAGAAAAAAAAAUGUGCUAGUGAACAAUGCAAGUCAAUUAUGAGAACAAUGUGUAUCAAAUGUGGCGUAGGGCUUUGCCUAAAAUGCAAUUUAUUGUUCCAUACCCGUUUGUAAAUCUUCCUGACAAUUCUGACAUUUUUUCAAUAAAAACAUUUCAUUCAA